ACAGGACAUGGUCUUCAGUUCUGACUCUGAACGUUAGGAAAAAGGAUUCCUUUAUUAACAAUAACGUUCAUACGGCUUCCUCUCCGAGAGAGCGAUCGAGAAAUGGCUUCGUGGAAUUCAAUUCCGCUGGAGAUCACUUAUGAGGUUCUGGGAUGGACGGCUUUCCUAUCAUGGUCCAUCAGUUUCUACCCGCAGGUCAUCUUGAAUUUCCACAGGAAAAGUGUGGUGGGGUUGAACUUCGAUUUCGUGCUGCUCAAUUUGACGAAGCACUCUUCGUAUCUCAUAUACAACACAUGCCUCUACUUCAGCACUGCUAUUCAGAAGCAGUACUAUGAAGAAUACGGCUAUGGGCAGAUGAUUCCCGUGGCUGCAAAUGACGUUGCUUUCUCUAUCCAUGCUGUUCUUUUGACAGCAAUUACCUUGUUCCAAAUUGUAAUAUAUGAUCGUGGAAGUCAGAAGGUUUCCAAGAUAGCUAUUGCGAUUGUCUCUGUUGUGUGGUUAUUUGCUGCUGUUUGUUUUUUCAUAUCUCUGCCAACUCAUUCUUGGCUUUGGCUGAUCACCAUCUUUAACUCAAUUCAAGUUUUUAUGACAGUUAUCAAGUAUAUUCCCCAGGCAUUUAUGAACUUUGCAAGAAAGAGCACAGAUGGAUUUAGCAUUGGCAACAUUCUACUUGAUUUUUUUGGAGGGGUGACAAAUUAUGCACAGAUGGUUGUGCAAUCUGUAGAUCAAGGUUCUUGGGUGAACUUUUAUGGAAACAUAGGGAAGACGUUGCUGUCUCUGGUAUCUAUAUUCUUUGACAUCAUUUUCAUGUGUCAACAUUAUAUUCUCUAUCCUGAGAAAAAAGCCCAAGUCUCUCCCAAACUCAUUGAGGAAAACAGAGAACCGCUUGUUAAGUCUUCUGAUGAUCAGCCACAAUCAGAAAAUGUGUAAAGCUCUACAUCGUCCAUCAUGUAAAAAGUUUGAAACAAAUGGCUUUAUGCCAAAGGUGGCAGUACAGGCAGAAACUUGUAAUGCAACAAAACUAGUCAAGCAUGGUUCUAACUUUUCUUCUACUUUUUUUUUUUUUAGAAGUGCUACAAAGUUUUAUAAAAAUAAACUAGAAAUUGAUGUAUCUUCGUGUAAUACGUUACAUUUAUUUUAUAAUUUGACGGAUUACAUCAAAUUAUGUUAAUUUGUGAAUUUAUUUUUGUGAAA